AUAACUUCCCACCAAAAAAAUAUUAGGAAUAGUUGAGGAACCGACCGUGAGAAUUUGUUUUUUCGCAUCUCCUAUUAGUAAUGCAUAUACCUCUUCCUCGUGUAGGUGUUUUCAAGAGAUUUACAAAGGAUGAUGGGAAGUUUGAGCAAUCUCUUGCGGGAGAUGCUAAAGGUAUACUUAGCUUGUAUGAAGCCGCUCACUUGGGAACAACGACAGAUUAUGUAUUGGACGAAGCAUUAAGGUUCACAUCGAACCACUUGAAGUCUUUAUUGGCAGGCGGGACGUCCCAACCCCAUAUCUUAAGGCUUAUAAGAAACACGCUUUAUUUACCUCAACGUUGGAACAUGGAAGCAGUAAUUGCAAGGGAAUAUAUUACGUUCUACGAACACGAAGAAGAUCACGACAAGAUGUUACUCAAAUUAGCCAAGCUAAAUUUCAAGUUAUUGCAGCUGCAUUACAUCAAAGAACUGAAAAUUUUUAUCAAAUGGUGGAUGGCCCUAGACCUUACAUCUAAGUGGCCAAGUCAAUUUAGAGAGCGGAUCGUGGAGGCUUGGCUAGCAGGAUUGAUGAUGUAUUUCGAACCACAAUUUUCAGAUGGGAGGGUUAUUGCAGCUAAGUUCACCUACCUCCUUACCAUUUUAGAUGACGUGUUCGAUCAUUAUUUCUCUAUUGAUGAGCUUACAAGACUCUUAGUUUGUGUGGAAAGUGGAGUGAGGUCUAAAGGAAGCUCUUUCCACUUGAAGGAGAUGUUAGAAGAGCUCAAGACACUCGUGAGAGCAAAUCUUGAUCUUGUCAAAUGGGCACGAGGGAAUCGGGUGCCUAGCUUUGAAGAACAUGUAGAGGUAGGUGGAAUAGCAAUUACUUCAUAUGCAACGUUAAUGUAUUCUUUUGUUGGAAUGGGAGAGAUCGUCGGGAAGGAACCUUACGAGUGGGUAAGAUCGAGACCAAGACUAAUCAAAUCUCUAGCUGCAAAGGGUCGUCUAAUGGACGAUAUGACUGAUUUUGAGAACGACAUGAGUAAUGGGUUUGCUGCAAAUGCCAUCAACUAUUAUAUGAAGCAAUUUGUAGUUACCAAAGAAGGGGCUAUGCUAGAGUGUCAAAAAAUGAUCGCAAAUAUCAAUAUAUAAGAUCAUAAAUGAGGAGCUACUUAAGACAACUGUCGUGUCCCCUCGUGUUCUCAAGCAAACACUCAAUUUUGGACGCUUAUUGGAACUCCUUUACACCAAGUCCGAUGAUAUAUUCAAUUGUAGUGAAGGAAAACUCAAGGAGUAUGUAGUAACUCUACUCAUAGAUCCAAUACGUCUUUGAAGACUUUGAAUUACUUUACAUGGGUUAUUAUUUAAGAAGAUGACUUUUCAUGUUGGUUAAUGUUGAAUAACAUCAUCUUGAAAAU